AUGGACGGCGAGGACCAGGCCUCCUCCUCCGUCCCGGAGAACCUCAAGUCCCGCCUCCGGGACUCGUACGACGCCAUCGCGGAGGAAUACACCUCCUGGUCCACAAAGGGCGCCGCCAUCCGCCUCUCGUACCUGGACAGGCUCCUCGACCUGCUCUCCCCGUCCCACAGGGACAUCCUCGAGGUGGGAUGCGGCGCCGGGAUCCCCACGACCGAGAAGCUGCUGGCCAAUGAUCCCCGGUUCCGCAUCACCGCCAACGACCUGUCCUCGGCGCAGAUCGAGCUGGGGAAGAAGCGCCUGGGACUGGCAUGCAGUGGUGAUGCGGACCGGGUGACCUGGGUCCAGGGCGACAUGAUGGACCUUAAAUUCCCGGCCGUGGCCUUUGACGUGAUCCUCGGCUUCUAUUGCAUCCAGCACCUACCACGGGAUGAGCAGGUUGUCAUGAUUCGCAAGGUCGCAGCGUGGCUUAGGCCUGGGGGCUACAUGCUCUUCAAUUUCCCCGCCGAGGAGAGUGAAAAUGUGGUCAUGACGGGGUGGAUGGGUGAGAAAGGCUGGGUCUACCACAGCGGCUGGGACGCUGAUAAGUACAGGCAGCUGGUCAGGGAGGCCGGCCUGCAACUAGUCUUGGACGAAGUGAAGCAGGAUAAUGUCAAAGCAGAGUUCCUGUGGGUUAUUGCCAAGAGACCCGAGGCUGGAAUAACUUAG